AGCCGCAAGAUUUCUCUCCCCAGGGGCCUCGCGCGCGCGUCACAAGGACCCCUCCCCGAGCCGACCGGAACUCAUGGCGCCCGCGGCCUCCCGCCGCAGCAGGCUGCUCGGGUGCGCGCUGGCCCUCCUCGCCGUGGGCGCGCCGCUGCGCGCCGCGCUGCUGCCCGCCUUCGUGCCCGCGCCGGCGCGGGCGGGCGCGCCAACGGCCGCCGCCGCGGCGGCGGCGGUGGCCGGGGUGCUGCCCGAGGCGGCGCUCGCCAAGGGCGGCGUGUGGGGCCCGCUGGAGGGCAAGGCGUCGAGCUUGGUGCACCCCUUCGUGAUGGCGAUCCUGUUCCUCACCACGGCCUACACUGGCUACCUCGGCUGGCAGUGGCGCCAGCUGCGCACGGUGGGCGCGGACCUCACGGUGCUCAAGAAACAGUACAAGGAGGCCGAGGGCCCCGAUGGCGAGGUCUCGUCCGCCGCCGCGGCGAUGAUGAAGGACCGGGAUCGACGAGCUGACCGCCACGCGGAAGGAGCUCGCCGACGGCAAGUUCAAGGACCUUUCGAGGACCGGCACCACCAGAUCAGCUCGCUGCUCCUCGGGGGCGGCAUUUUCUUCACCGCCUACGGCACGUUCAACACCUUCUUCCGCGCGGAGAAGCUGUUCCCAGGCCCCCACCUGUACGCUGGCGUGGGCAUCUGCGUGAUCUGGGCCCUGGCUGCCGCGUGCGUACCGUGGAUGGAGAAGGGCAACGAGACCGCCCGAACGGCCCACAUCGGCCUGAACGUGAUCUGCUUCCUCCUGUUCACCUGGCAGCUGUUCACCGGCUUCGAGAUCUUCCUGAAGGUCCUCGGGGCGCCCAUCCCGUGGUUCUGAGCGCGCGCGGCCCCGCCCGGGCCGCCGCGGCGCCCGGGCCCCUCGGCGCCCGUGGCCGCCCGCGGGCGGCCCCUUCUCCGUGUGGGGCCUCCUCGAGGCCCGCGCGGGGCCGGCGUGACGAUUUGUCGUGCCCUUCUGAUUUUUGUUCGAGUAUUCUUUGAGUGUGCUCUUCUGUCUUCCAAAGCCCGCCGGUAGGAGGACACGCCCGACCCGACGCCUCCCCUGCGCCGCCACGGGCGGCAGGUUUUCCUCGCACGCCGACGGCGCGCGCGCGCGACCCCCCUGCUCGAGCGAGGGGGUCUGCGAAUUUUCCCUGCUGGCUCUGGCCUCGGCCUCCCCCCCGUCGUUUUCGGCGGCUCGAGGGUGGGGCCCCUGGGGGGCGGGGCCCUGCUCCUCCUCCUCCUCCUCCUCCUCCU